CACGAGAGGGGCGCACACCCCGCAAACUUUUACUCUCCACCACUCUCCCAGUGUAUAUAACAGCCCAGUAGCAAUUUGCGCUGUUUACCAAUAUACGCGUCAAUUAUCAAUUCUUUUAUUUUUCUACGUGUAGAUACUCGUAGAGUCCAUAUCCAUUUUUGUCAGAUCUUCUUAAUCACUCUCCUCUCCCUUCUCUUCCCUGUGCCUCAGCUUGCAAACUAAUUACACAGAAUUUGUCAUUCUUAAAACUUCACAACUUUACUUUGGAAAUAUUACUUGGUCUGAAAGUGUUUCCAGAUGCUCUUCUAAAUACAUAAAUCCGGUUUUCUUGCGUUCUUCUGAGUUGCACUUACUGUUGUUUCGUGCACCUGAAGUCUAUUGAACAUAAAUAAUUGGAGAUACUGAGAAAGAAAUAUAAUAAUUGAGAUGAAGGGUCGUGUGAAAACACCGUAUCCUAUUUUGUCGCUGGAAACUGAUUCUAUAGCGAAGUUGGGUACUCUUGAUGUGGAUAAUCUAUUUUACAUGUGGAAUGUGUUUACAAAAUGCGGUGAGAACCUUCAAAAUGGACGCCGUCUUGAGAACUUGUCUUGGAGACUUUGGUACCGCAGUACAUGCGUGACUGAUGAAUGCGAGUCUGCGGUCGCGCCAGUUAGCGGUACGGGAGUACUCCCUAUGAGCACCAGUGCCUCCCUUCCCUCUACGUGCAAACCUGUCCCUUCGAACGUCACGGAAUCAUCACAAGCUACUACGGUUUGUAAGCUUACUACGGGCUCACUGAGUUCUUCAAUCACAACGACGACCACGGCUGUCAGUGAAGUCAACAAACAGCAGGAAAAUGUGGUCGUUAACAAUCGGAAACGACCUGCAGCAGUACUUGGUCGCACCCAUUCGCGUCGUGGUACUUUUCGCAGUCUGUCUACCGAUGCCUUUAACCAACUUAUUACCGCGUUUUCGCCAAUCGGUAUGCCUCGAAGCAGCCGUUCAAGCGAGCAGCUGUCAAAAAAGCCAAAGAAUGACGGGGUCCUUGCGCAGCACCGCACCGAGACCAUAAUUGAAGAAAAAGCCUCACGGAGUUCCUCAACUUUCAGUGACGAUAAAAACAAGCAAAAUAUGAAAUGUGACAUGAUCAACACUGGAAAAAAAUGCCAUACGAAGGAACGCACACAACUCUCAAACGCUGUCACGAAACUGAUUGCUGCGAAGCAGACUCUCUCGGAGAAGAAGAGUAAGUCAAAAUUUUCUGAAAUUACAGUGGGUCCUGAAAGCACUCAAAGUGUGGUGCACGGAUUUGUGCCCGGUGAGCUUGAGGUAUCUGUGGAAUCAUUGCACAAAGACGGGGAACCGUCGCUGGGACGUAAAUUGAACAAGUCGUGUUUCUAUCUGGCCACGAACGAGGAAGGGAGCGAGUCAUCUGACGAGAGUCAGGUUGGCGAUUCACUUCAGCAAACCACAUCUUCCCGCAGUCGUUCAAGCGUGAAUGCAGAUGAUGAGGAUGAUGAGGAUGCUUGGGUUUCUGUUAGCGAUUCAGACUCUCCCCCCUUCCAAAAAGUUGCCACUCCCAUUCUUAAGCGUCCACCGUUGAAACAACGGACAAGUAUGCUUUCUUGCCUUUUGUUAAACAAGGAGCAGUCUGACGAUGAUACAAGAAGCACACGCAGUGCAGGUGCGGCUUCUCGUUAUCUGCGCAAUUCAUCGGUUAAGACGGAACCGAUUCAUUCAACGGUAAAUAUUGCAUCAAACACAGUUCUCUCCACAGUGAACACUUGCUGUGAUAGUCCAGUGAGUAGGCGUUUGCCCCUUGAACGUUGCUCCUCAAACAAGCGCAUUUUGGUUACUGAAAUAUCGGAAAGUCUUCGUCGUAACCUAUUAUGGGAGCGUCAACAAAAGUCAACUUUACCGAUCGCUGCAUUCCGUCAGCGUACGCAUUCUGGUUAUUUUACCGCUGUACAGUCUCCCUCCAAUGCUGUUCAGGUAACGAAGGAUUUUAUGAAUGACUGUACCGUAUGGUAAUUUUGUUGAAUACCCCUAUUCCUUUUUUUUGCAAGUUUUUUUUUUGUUUUAUGCCCAUAAUCAUUCCCCUUCUUUUUCUGGGCUGCUUGCUGCAAGAGGAAACACUGUUCUUGCAACUCUCAAAGCAAUGUCUUUAAGGCACAUAAAUUGUUAUGUGAUUUUCGUUGUAUUCGUUUUUCGGGUGGUCCGAAGGAGCCUGGUGGAAGCUAUUUGAGCUUUACGUUUCACCGCCUUCUGCCGUUGUUUUUUCCUUGCGUUUGUGUGCUAAGCAGUAACAAACAAUCUACUGUUUUUAUUUUGUUCC